AUGAAGAAAGGUUUUUUGCUGGCGGGGGACAAGGAUGAAAAGCAGGACGGGAAACAGCCUGCAGCCUCGGCCGACGUCAAGGAUGCAUCGGUGCAGCCGCCGGCAGACUCACCUGAUGUCAAGGGGGCAGUGGAAAAACGUUAUACCCAGGCUGAGAUCAACCACUUCGUUGCACGUUUGCAGACAAUGAGAGCUCUUGGAGUGGAAACCUACAUGACGGAGUCAGGAUUGCUGUUCGACCGAAACGAGCUGGAGGAGAUCAUUC